AACGGCGCAUUCCGCCAAAAUGGGAACACAAGAACCAUAUCCAUCGUCCACCUCGACGACCACUAUUCUGCAUUCCAUCUCUGGCAGCUACCGGUCGCCAGCAUGACGCGUCUUCGUCAGACUGAAGCUCUAUUAGGGAGCAAGGUGUUUCAAAAAGUCAGAGAUACCCCAGUGUUGGUCGUAGGUGCAGGAGGUAUCGGCUGCGAGCUACUCAAAAAUCUGGUCUUGGUUGGCUUCUCGAACAUCGAGAUCAUUGACCUCGACAUCAUCGACCUAUCCAACCUCAAUCGUCAAUUCCUCUUUCGCAAACCUGACAUCUCGAAAUCGAAAGCCAUCACUGCAGCAGCAGCUGCUAGGCAUUUCAAUCCCUCCUCCGGGAUCAAAAUCCAUCCAAGACAUGGUAACGUCAAGGAAGGUCAAAACGAUAUUGAGUGGAUCAAGGGCUUUGGACUGGUCAUGAACGCGUUGGAUAACAUGGAUGCCCGCCGACAUGUCAACAAGUUAUGUCAGGCCGCUGGGGUCCCCCUCAUCGAAUCAGGCACAGCUGGAUACCUCGGUCAGGUGACGCCGUUCUGGCGGGACCGAACUGAAUGCUUUGACUGCGUCACGAAGCCGACGCCGAAGACAUUUCCCGUCUGUACGAUCAGAGCGACUCCCAGCGAACCCAUACAUUGUAUCGUAUGGGCGAAGAGCUACCUUUUUGGCAAGCUAUUCGGCGAGGAUGACGAGGCUUUGGAUACGGAAGAGCUGGAUAAGGCCCAAGCGGCUGGCGAGAAUGCGGAGGAGAUCGAGCAAUUGAAACAUGAAGCGGCGGCUUUCAGACAAGUCAGAGCACAGCUUGGAGAAGAGGAUGGCCCAAAGCGGGUGUUUGAAAAGGUCUUCCAUGAGGACAUUAGCAAGCUUCUAGCGAUGGAGGAUAUGUGGAAGGUGCCUGGUCGGGUCAAGCCAGUCCCCUUGGGCUACGACGCGAUUGUCCUCGGUGACUUUGUCGCUCCUCCUCUGCGUUCGGGUCCGGUCGCCCAGACGAAUGGUAGACCUGUGCCAGAGAGAAAUGGCGAGAGCAGUACGAGUGCGCUCAAUGCCAACUCGAAGCAGCUCAAGGAUCAGAGGGAAUUGACAGUGAAGGAGAACCUGGACAUGUUCAUCGAUAGUUGUCGCCGGUUAUCCGCACGAAUGAUCUCUCAACCUGACAUUGUACUUUCUUUCGACAAGGAUGACGAUGACACGCUCGACUUCGUUCUUGCCACUGCUAACCUCCGAGCUAUCGCAUACGGAAUCCCUACCAAAACCCGUUUUCAAGUCAAAGAAAUGGCCGGUAACAUCAUUCCCGCUAUCGCCACGACUAACGCUAUCAUUGCCGGGCUUAUCGUCAUGCAAGCCAUAAAUCUCCUCUCCUCUAAUAUUGACAAGGCUACAAAUGUCUUUCUCCGGUCAGACCCUGCGAAACCGUUGGGCAUUUACAAGCUGCAACCCCCGAAUCCCGCUUGUGCCGUUUGUCGAGAUAUCUACGUUCCCUUCAAAGUGGAUGUUAGCAAAUGUACGCUCGGUACAUUUGUGGACAAGGUCGUCAAAGAGUGGUUACCCAAGGGUCUCGGGGCUUCCAACGGGAAUGCAAAUGGUCACGCAGAGGAAGAUGAAGAGAUCAACACUGAAGAAGUCGAAUGGAGCGUCUACGAGUCGACCAGGAUACUGGCUGACCCAGAUUUCAACGAUAAUUAUGAAAAGACUCUCGAGGAGCUCGAAGUGGUCAGGGGAAAGAUGCUGACAGUGAGGGAUGAAGACGAUCAAUUUAGAGCAGUCCAUUUCUGUAUCGUCGCGCCUGACCCAAACGCUACGAAUACUUAUACUCUGCCUCCAUCACCUCCUGGCAUCCCUCGAAAGCCCAAAAAAGCUAUCGCCCCCGCCGACGAUAGCGAUUCCUCGCCUCCACCUCAAGCUAUGGAUGCCCCGGCAGCUAGAAGGACAGGCCUGACCCCUAGCGAGGCAGUUUCGAAAAAACGGGCAGCAGGAGAUGACGAUGAUGAUGGUGUCGUCACAGUCGCGUCUGACGGUCAAGAUAGUCGAAAGAAGCGCAAGGUGGACGCUGUGGUGGAUAUGACGGGCGACGAUGAUGAUAUCGAGUUGAUAGAAUGAAUCAUCGGAGUCUCAUAAUGGUUGAGAAAAGUCAGACGGGGAGGAUGAGAUUGGAGUAAUAUGGCGAGACGUCUUGUGUUCAUAAUGCAUGCUGCU